GUACAUUGAAAAUGACCUUGAUUACAUAUUCGGAAUUUCUCACUACGCUUUUGAAAGUGGAUUUCUAAGUUAUAACUGCGAUGUUCUUCUUGCUCAUUAGUCUCUGACACUUUAUGUGAAGUCUUAACGCAUUUUUGACGAGAUUAUAGUUCGUGGGUGAAGUAGUUUGGUUCACGAUAACAGGUCUUGGAUUUCAGCGCGAAAUUCUUUAUCCAUAUGGCUAAAUAGUGUCGUAAGACAAAUGUCAUUCUAGCUGAUAUCAGUUCGUGAUGAAAGCCUUAAAUAUAAUUUCUCAACAUAAUUAUCCCAUGCGACUCGCAAUCCUCAACCUUCACACACGUUUAAAACUCAUUUAGUCCUUGUCAGUAGGUGGCUAUUCUGAAGGCCGCUUUAGAGCCACUCAAAGGACCAUAACUUGUAGUCUCGUCAAACAUUCUUAAGGUCGCUUUAACGUCGAUAAGACGUCGUCCAUAAAUUAUGUCCACUGGAUUUGUUUGUUCCUUCUCGUUUCUGUUGUUCUUCGUCAUCCUUUCUGGACAAGCGUGUUUUUGGCUUCAUUGUUAUGAACAGUUAUUCAACAUUUACUAGAGUUCCUAGACGUACUUUUAGAAGGCUCUUAGCUUAUGAUAUGUAGGUUGAGGGUUCCCAUUAGAUGAUGCAUUUGCUUGAAAAAUAUCAAGUGUUGAUUAUGUAUAUAUAUACUUAUUAUACAGAUCAAUGGGAUCAUGUUAAAAUUACGAAUAUUUGUGACUUGUUUUCCAUUUAGCCGAACAAAAUAGUGUUUGCCAGCUGAUCGAAGUCUCCUUAUUUUGGGAAAACUUUGAGGAAUUUGUGGGGUUUUCCCAAAGUCGUAAGAAGUUUGAUGGUUUUCCUCAAUGUGUAACAAAAUUCUGGGGAAAUUGCCAAAGUUUUGGGUAUUCCCCAAUACAGUGAGAUUGGGAUACUAUGCUCAUCAUACUUAUUCGUUUCUUCUAACGGAGUUGAAAUUUGUGUUGAGCACGAGUGCUAACGGCUUUUAAAAAUUUUAAUGCAUGUGAAAAGCCUAUGUCACUACUUCUUGUUGCUUGUUUAUUAGUCUAAUUCGGAAAAUUGAUCGUUUCGUUUAUAUCUGUUCAGUCAUUUUCAUGCCACGUUCAUAGCAGUUUUAACCGUUAAAUACAACCUUAUAUUUUGGAUUUCGGAUAUUGGGAUGUUAUUUGAUAGUAAUAGUUAUUCACCACGCCAAGUUCCUAAUGUUUCCUUUGUCUCAAGUUCUGUUUAUUUUUUUAGGUUUUCGUCUCAAUUAUGAAAUGUUCGCCUCUCAAUCUAAUAUUAAACCAACACAUAUUCCUCCCAUUAUGGAAUGCCCACCAGUACCUCAUACAGCAAUGAAUGUGAAUUUUCCAACAUUUUAUUCUGGCAGUUUCGUGCAGAAUAAUAUCUCAUCCCUUGCUCAAGAGAGCCUAUAUGAAAUCCAACGACUUAGACUACUCCUGACUAAUUUAUUGACUUCUAUACAAUCUGAUGAAAAAGAUCCUGAGGAAAAAAAUAAGAUUGUGGACGAAAACUUUAUGCUAUUCAAUAGAAAUGGUAGUACAAAGUGUGAAAACGUUCCUAGUCCUCUAUUUACAACUGGAGAAGGAAAAAUAAAUGGGACUGUGCCUGAAGGUCGCAACAACCUUCAAACUCUUGGUUCGAAGAGUUUGUCGUGUGAAAAGUUAGCAUUACACAAAAUAGUCAAUCAAAUCAGUGACGUUUUUAAUAAUUUGGAUCAACUAGCCAGUCGAAUGCAGGUCAAUCGGUUAUCUGGUCGACCUAGUGACCAUGGUUUACAAAAUGCAUUAUCUCUAUUUAACACUGUUGAACAGUUGGAAUUUAGCCGUAAUAGUUGGCUAUAUGAAUCUUCGCUAUCUCAGUACAUGGGGACCGAUGAUCACGGUAAAGAAUCUGAUUUUCGUCGUGUUGACUGGCUUAUGGAUAGAAUCGAAGCGGAACGCUGGAGUCAUCGAUAUUGGGGACGUACCCGUACUGUGCUUGAAGGUUUACUGGCUUGCUCCGCAUUCAGACGUUCUCAUUUAAAUACAGAUCAUUCCCGCAGGCGAACGGAUUUUCUCAAUAUAAUCAAUCGAGAUUAUGGAGCUGAUUUGGAACAUUUACUCAAUGAAUUAAAUGUUAAUUUGCCGGACCUCACUAUAACGUUAAUCGAACCAUCAUCUAUUGUAUCCGUAGCACAUUUAAGGGUUGGUGAGAUAAUGCAAUGUUUUGUGACUUUUCGUCAGCUGAAUCCAGAAAGAAUUAUUGUUCGUGGAGUAUCGGAACCGAUGAUUAUAAAAACACACUCUGAUUUCCUUAACAACAAUUUAAAUAUUGAGGAGAAACCCUUUUCCUUAGCAACAGAGGAACUAUUAUCUGAUUCAGGUCUUGAUUCAUUGCCGAAAAUUCGUGAUACUGUUGUCUCUUUAUUAAGUCCUGACUCAAAAGCUCGGUCACUUCCAGACCAUAGACAACAACGAGGCUCAAGACUCAUCCGCUUUUGUAAUAUACAUCAAUCAAAGCUCGAUCUUUUUACACCAAGUCGUCAUCCAUUGUUUCGUCGUAUCACUUCCUUAGCCCAAUGUGCCCUUCUUCAUUUUUCUAAUGAAUAUAAACCUCCUUCUGCCAUUCGUGGGUUUUGUGCUUGGCUUCACAGUUAUCGCGACUUGUUCAAUGCUCCAUGCAGUCGUUGCGGUCAGCUUCUAGGUCAAAAUGUUGAACUUCCACUUUGGCGUAGUUAUCCUCAAAUGAGAAAGGAUAAUUCACGAUCUAUGGAACCCCAGCAUGAACACUGUCAAGCCAUUAUAUAAACAAUCGUGUACUUCUUUGUUUUCUGACUUUUUGAGUACUUCCUAUCAUUUGUAUAGAUAAGCUCACUCUACAAUUUAAUAUAUCCUGGAUGUAACUUGAGCGAAAUGAUAAUUCCCACCUUUGUAAUACAUAUAAGUUAUGUACCAAUAAUUUUGUUAAUAUGAGUUCUAUAAAACUAGAGCAUUUCAGCCUACAUGAUGUACGCCACGUCCGAAAAUCGAUCUAUCAUCU